CAGUUUUCAACCCAGCACUUUCACUAAUGACCUGCUUCUUGCCGGCAAUGAAAAAACGGCCAUGCAGGAUUUGAACACCCGUUUGGCUUCGUAUCUGGAAAAGGUGCACUCCUUAGAAAAUGCUAACUCUCACCUUGAAAAGCAGAUCCAACAAUGGUAUGAGAAAAGCUCCCCUGUCACUCGACAAGACUACCGUGAACAUUACAAAAUUAUUGAGGAUCUCAAAAACAAGAUUAUAACUGCACGACUAGAUAAUACACAGAUCAUCCUGCAGAUUGACAACACCAAGCUGGCUGCUGAUGAUUUCAGAGUGAAGUAUGAGAAUGAGCUGGGGCUCCGGCAAAAUGUGGAAAAUGACAUAGGAGGGCUAAUGAAACUAAUCGAUGACCUCACACUGGUAAAGUCUGAUCUGGAGCAUGAGCUGGAAGGUCUGAAGGAAGAACUAGCCUAUCUCAAGAAGAAUCAUGAAGAGGAAACAGACCGACUGCGCAGGCAACUGGGUGGGACUGUCAGUGUGGAGCUGGAUGCAGCUCCAAGCAUUGACCUAGGACAGAUGAUGGAUAAUAUGCGCCAACAAUAUGAAGCCAUCGCAGAAAAGCAUCGUCAAGAGGUUAAGGACCAGUUUGAUAAACAGGUUGAAGAAUGGAAAGUAGAAGUGUCCACUACUGCUACCCAAAUUGACAGCCAGAGAACUGAGAUCACAGAACGAAGACGUGUACUCCAGGACUUGGAGCUUGAGCUCCAGUCACAACUUAACUUGAAAACGGAUAGGGAGAACUCUCUGGCAGAGACUGAAGCACGUUAUAGAGCAAUGUUGGCUCAAAUCCAGGCUAAUCUUGUGAAUUUGGAGGAACAACUGAUGCAACUGCGAAGUGACAUGGAGCAGCAGAGUCAUGAAUACAACAGCCUCUUGGACAUAAAGGUCAAACUAGAGGCAGAGAUUGCCACUUAUCGUCGCCUGCUGGAAGGGGAAGAUAGCAGGACUAUUCUUUCAGAACUGGAGAUAGCUAGAAAAGAAGAAGCUGAACGAGAAAAAAAUAAAGUUCUGAGGAUCAAGACUGUCGUUGAAGAGAUGGUUGAUGGGAAAGUAGUCUCGUCCAAAAUCAAUGAGAGAGAAGAGAAGAUGAAUUGAAUGUUAUUAUUAAAUUUGUGUUCUUAAUCACACAAAGAACCCAAUUUCAAAAUCA